CAAGGGGGAGGAGCCAGCGGCGCGUUUCCGCUAAGAGCAGGCCGAGCAGGGUAACACGGUAAUCUAUGCAGCCCUGCCGAGAAUUACUGAAUAGUGGCGGAACGCUCGUCUGAGACCGAGGCGUAGUGUUACAGCACAAAUAGUUGUAUUCGCUGGGAAGCCGAGGGCGUCUGCGUAGGUAUAAAUAAUAAGAAGAACAAGAAGAGGAAGGGGUGGCAGCUGGACUGUCAGCAAUGGAAGCCGAGUUUCGGGAAAUCGAUGAAAACGGGAGCUGGAACGCCAUUUAUCAGGACAUUCGCCAGCAGUCGUGUGAACUGCCCUCCAGGUUUGCCAAACUGCCCGAAAACAAGAGUCGGAACCGUUACAGAGACGUUAGCCCAUUUGACCACAGCAGAAUAUGUCUGCAGCUGGGUACGAACGACUACAUUAACGCCAGUCUAAUAACGGCAGAGGAGGCGCAGAGGAACUACAUCCUCACUCAGGGACCCCUUCCAAAUACAUGUGGCCACUUCUGGGAGAUGGUGUGGGAGCAGAGGACCCGCGGUGUAGUGAUGCUGAACCGCGUCAUAGAGAAAGGAUCUGUUAAAUGUGCUCAGUACUGGCCACACAGAGAGGAGAAAGACGCCGUGUUUGAAGACACCAAUUUCAAGCUCACCCUUAUUUCAGAAGACAUCAAGUCGUACUACACAGUCCGUCAGCUGGAACUGGAAAAUCUGUCGGUGGGUUCUAGUUUUCCCAGCGUUUUCCAGAUUAAGCGUACGUUCUUCAGUCUUUCAACUCUCGUUUUGUGUCUGGAUGUGCAUGCGCUUUUGCAGACUCAAGAGACGCGUGAGAUUUUGCAUUUUCACUACACCACCUGGCCUGACUUCGGGGUUCCGCAGUCCCCCGCCUCCUUCCUCAACUUCCUGUUCAAGGUGCGAGAGUCCGGGUGUCUGAAUUCAGACCACGGGCCGGUGGUGGUGCACUGCAGCGCUGGCAUCGGCCGCUCCGGGACCUUCUGUCUUGUGGACACCUGCCUCUUAUUGAUGUCCACCCGUAAGGACCCGUCUUCAGUACGCAUCCGUGACGUACUGCUGGAGAUGCGACGCUACCGAAUGGGCUUGAUUCAGACAGCAGACCAGCUUCGCUUCUCCUACCUUGCUGUCAUUGAAGGUGCCAAGUACAUCAAGGGCGACACGUCCCUGCAGGAGUCAUGGAAAGAGCUCUCAAAGGAGGAAGAUGACCCUCCAGAGUUCACUCCUCCUCCUCCUCUCCCUCCUCCCAGAGAUCCUCACAAUGGCAAAAUGGAGACGUCGUUUUUCCCCGGAAGCGAUGAGAUCAUUCGACAGACUGAGAUCCGCAGCCUGGGGUCUUCACAGGACUCGAUACUACGACAGAGGAAUGUUGUGCCCCCUCCUCCUGCUGCCCGCGACGACCAGCUCGAUGGCUGCGUGGGAAUCCAAGACCUCAAGUCCAGUGUUCUCACCCACUCAGAGCAGCAGCAGCAGCACGAAGCCGAGGAGAAGAAGGAGCCCAAGUGGUCCGAGGCAGCGGCCUAUCCGCAGGAGGGCUCCCCUGUGCCGGGGGCCUGGUCCCCCCUAUUAACCAACGUGUGCCUGUGCACAGCGCUGGCUCUCAGUGCUUACGUCUGUUAUCGAGCCUAUUUCCACUGAUGUCUGUCCUCCUUCUCCACCUUCCCGUUCCUCCCGGUCUCUCAUCCGGUCAACCUGCUUUGACUCUACCAGCGGCUGGAUUGUUUGGACUCCGCCUGAUUCAGGUUCACUCGUUUUAAUUUGACAAAUGCAGCGAGGGGGGAGCGUCGGCCGGCUGCCGCUGCUUUUGUUACCUACCCGAACAUUCCCAGAAUACGUCACCGUGGACACUCAGGGCCUCGCUUUGUCAGGUGCUCCAUCCCAAAUACGCAUGUUGGCUUUAACGCAGACUCACCUGUACGUUAGGAGAGGUGUGUGGAGUGAAGACGUUUGUAUUAGCUCCCGUGUGUGUGUGUGUGUGUGUGUGUGUGUGUGUGUGUGUGUGUGUGUGUGUGUGUGUGUGUGUGUGUGUGUGUGUGUGUGUGUGUGUGUGUGUGUGUGUGUGUGUGUGUGUGUGUGUGUGUGUGUGUGUGUGUGUGUGUGUGUUCUCUAUUUCAUCCCUCACUAAUGUCUUCUGUCAUGAGUUCAUAUUUUCUUUUUCUGCUUAAACAAAACAAAGCAAUCAGAAAUCCCAGAGCCAGCUUGACCAGCUUGUCUCAAUAUAUGUCGGUAUGCGAGACACUUGUUUAUUUUUCUAAUUUCUUUUCAUUGUGGGUCUUAUAUUAAACCCAAUGUAAAGGUUUUGUGUGUGAAACUAAAAUGGAAGCGGCCCUGUCCUUUCUAGAUAAGAGACACAUGCUGGGGUGGGCCUCCCUCAUGGCCUGUGUGAGACACACACACACACACACACAAACACACACACACACACACACCGUAUGCCAGUUUAUGGAUGUUUGUGUAUGUACAUUUGCACGUGUGGUAGCUUUCUACUGAUGCUAGAGUUCAGUCUAACUGGUGGGAAAUGCGGAUUUAACAUUUCAAGCGCGUCAAAUGUGAGAUGAGUAAGCUGUGUCGACUUCCCCGGUGACUCAGUAUUGACGCGUUUUAUUUCAGUGGAAGAAUAUGUUCUAAAAAAAAAAAAUCAGAGGAGACGACUGGACUGCGUUGCGUCCGAUGCACGUAGGGAUAGUGUCAAGAACUGGGAUGUAGCGUAGCUGAAGCCCACCUCUCUGCGCCAGCAAUACAGACCGCGCGUCGCCCUUUACUUAAGCUGAGUUCAAACAGGGAACCAGGGAUUGUGAACAAACCAAAAAUCAAACACCAGCACAGGGAUGAAAACAAUACACUGUUCACGGCGCGGCCCUGAGCUGGCAAUAUGAUUUGUAUGAUUGUGUUUUUAACGCAUGCUGCAUUUGUGAAUCAACAGGUUUGUCCUAAGAAGAGAUUAGUUAAGCUGCUAGCGUUCAGUUUACCUUGAUUGGACAAAGUUCAGAACUCCAGUCUGACAGCUGUGCUUUUCUUUAGAAUGUACCGGUCCUCCUGAAGGACACGCCCGCGUUGGGGAUAUACAUUUUUUUUUUUUAUUAUUCGAGUUCAGGUUUGCUGAGUUGGGUUUCAGCUUUAGCAGGAGGUAAAAUCUCAGCACCUGUGCAGCCAUUGCACAAGGUUUCCCGGAUUUUCUAUAAUAUGCUGAGCUCAAAAACAUGUAUUUUUUUAUUUACAUCUGUUGUUUCCUUUUUAAAUAAAGACAAAUUCACUGA